UUUUUUUUUUUUUUUUUUUUUUUCUUCCGAUAUUCUCCAGUCCGUUUCGCGACUACGACGACAACGACAAAUCAUUUUCUCCGACCGACAAUUUAUACUUGCAACACAUCAGGCGACAUUAUAGAGAGGGAGAGAACAAGAGAGCAAGGUAUAACUAUAGAGCUUGGAUGGUGAUUCUUUCUUUUGAAUAAUUCACCACCAACGAGUUAGACCUGGUGAAAUCUUUGUUCCAUUCAAAAUUCUUUUCCCUUUUCCCUUUUCUCUCUGAUUCCCUGAGAAAAUUCAACUUGCUAUUCCUCCCCCCCUUUUUUUUUUUUUUUUAUUUUUCUCUCUACCCAAGACACAAGACAAAACCACGCGCCCAAUGAUGGCUGCAUCUGUUUCCGCCUCCACCUCCAACCACCUUCCAACCGAUUCCCGUUCAGGGCGUCUUCGGCGGCUGAGCCAACUUCGUGCCUAUACGCACAUCCAUUUUUCCCCUCUCCCUUCUUCCUCGGCUCCCUCUCACUCGCCUCUCGCGCGUGUGUCGUCUAACGAGCAAAAUCGCCUUACUCGUCGUCACACUCUUAGUGGCCGCCGACUCUCCUGGUUUUCCCGCACCGACUCCCACCAGCCCUCGACCACAUGUCCCGACUCUACCACUGAACCCUCGACUUUGGCUCGUUACGGCGCGAUUUUGUUUCCAGGCUAUCGCAGCCUUGAAGUAGAUCUGCGCUCCAGUACACAGCCCUCCGAGUCCUCGAGUUCGAGUUCCACUUCGGAUUUCCCGACCCAACAGGCCGAAACUAUGCCUCGACUAAGGCCCUCCCAAACUGCUCCAGAAACCCAGCGCGAACUGCAGGCCGUCGAUCAUCCAGCACCGACCGCCGUGCAACCCGUAGUUCUUGACUCCCCCGAUCCGGUUAUUGGAGACAGUUCUGCCUCGGGCCCGAAACACAGGCAGGGAGCAACAAUCCGCUUUUUCCCCUAUCAGGAUACGAGCCAGAGUUCUCGGCCGUCUCUGCCCUUUAUCCCCAUCUCGCGAACCCUUCCGUCGGGUACUUACACCGUCCGCGUCGGUCGGUACUCUGAGCGGGAUGGGAUGCCCAUCGCGAAUCCCGCCGGGCCCUCGGACGCCCCUGUUGGAUUCAAGUCGAAGGUUGUGAGCCGGAAACAUUGUGAAUUUUUAUUCUUGAAUAGUCAGUGGCAUAUCAAGGAUGUGGGAAGUUCCUCGGGAACAUUUUUGAAUCACAUGCGACUCAGCCAGCCGGGGAUGCCAUCCCGACUGUACACCGUCAAGGACGGGGACAUUGUCCAACUGGGAAUCGAUUUUAGAGGCGGAGAAGAGAUGAUUUUUCGUUGUGUGCGCAUCAGGAUUGAAUGUAAUCGAUCCUGGCAACAACAGCCAAACGAGUUCAACAAAAACACCGAGAGCCUGAUCAAAAACUUAGGCAAAGGCGAUGCGGUGGACUACUCUGGUUGUCGCGAAUGCUCCAUCUGCCUUGGUUCCGUUUUGCGACCAUACCAGUGUCUUUUCAUGGCAGCCUGUGCACACGUUUGGCAUUACAAAUGUGUCAGUCGCUUGAUUCACACACCCGACUAUCCAAUGUUUCAAUGUCCCAAUUGCCGCGCCUAUACGGAUCUUAGUGCGGAGGUCGAUGAUACAAACGAUUUGGACGACGAGCAAUCGAAAGAGGCUUCGCAGAACGCGGAAGAAGCUGCCGACGAGCUAGGAUCUGGAGCAUCCUCUCCGCAGCUCGAGCCGAGUCAGGGUUCCAUUACUUCGGAACUCGCAGAAGAUCAACCACCCACUCUCCCUACGGCAGUGAACCUUGCCUCUAAUAUUGAGAAUAUGCACCUAUCCGAUGGUAACCCGUCCGACGUUGCCUCCGAUGCACCUACUUCCACGUCCGCCCCGUCAAACAGCAGCCCCGACGUGCCCGGCUGGCAGUCCCUUACUCAGUCAUCUGAUACACGCCAUCCCCGACCGGCACAACUACGAGUAGAUACUCCUGUCCGCUCCGAAUCUUCUGACGAAAACCCUCUUACGCCGCGAAACGACUCCGGCCCGUUGGCCUUUGACGGCCGGGCCGGAAUGUCCUGAGCUGGGGUAUCUGAUUCUCCUUGAGUAUUUGUCAGACUCGAGCGUUGAAAAUCAUUUGCGCAUGAUUGCGCUCCUUUGAAGAGCAUUUGUUUCAUUAUGGUUUUGCAUUUAGCAUUGCGGUCUCUCUCUCUUUUUUUUUUUAUCGUCCUUAAUUUGGAUUAUACCCCCUUUCGCUGCACAUACUUCUAUCAUUUAUUUCCAUCUCUUAAUAUUCGCGAGUUUGGAAUCUUUUUUUUUUUUUUUUUUUUUUUUUUUU